AUGACAUCAAGAGUAGCUGUCGCCUACACCCGUCCACCCUUUGAGGCUGGCGCGAAACCUUCUUUCUCCAUGGCGACGUUGAUGUCGAAUGAGCCCGUCGCUGUGUCCAACCCGCUAUCUGCAAAUUCCAUUACCAGUUCCGAACCACUCUCUUUAUUCAAACCUCAACCCAAACCCGACAGCCUGAGCUCCAUUGCCAGUGCCGGUCUACACGUUUCGCGAUCAAGUGAUCAACUACAACUGCCUCCAAUGACGAGCCCUACAUCAGUACCGGCGGAUCGCCCGGAGCACGAGAAGGAUGCUGAACGAAACAGCUCACAGGUGGCCCGAGAGGCUUUAGGCGCAAGCGAAAAGUCGCCGGGUGCUACAAUCCAUGAACCCUCCGUCCAUACGUCUCCGGAACAAAUGCAUAUCGACUCAAACGCGAACGGCUCGCCCCUGGACCCAUACGGAUCGAAUGAUCAUCACGGAUCACUGAUGCAUAACUCAACGGUCGCGAGCCCGGGUCCUAUCGAAGAAUCAACUUCCCAAGAUGGAGAUCGACGGCCUCGUGAUGACUCCGAGAUCGACCACGACGGGAAGGCAUUCUCAUAUCCCAUGCCUACCAUGAAUGACCCCCGGCGCGGACUAAGUCUACCAAACGCAGGCUACAAUCGAGGCGGCCCGCGUUCUCCAUCAUCGAAAAAACACCGAUGCCCUUACUGCGCCACAGAGUUCACGCGCCAACAUAAUCUCAAGAGCCAUUUGCUCACCCAUAGCCAAGAAAAGCCUUUCGUGUGUCAAACUUGCCAGUCGCGUUUCCGAAGACUACACGACUUAAAGCGUCACACAAAGCUGCAUACGGGCGAGCGACCACAUAUCUGUCCCAAAUGUGGACGCCGCUUUGCCCGGGGCGAUGCGCUCGCCCGACACAACAAAGGACAAGGGGGCUGUGCGGGUCGACGCUCCAGUAUGGGCAGCUUUGCCGCAGAUGAUGAAUAUGGUGAUGGCGCGACCGGAGGACCGGACGAUAUGGAUGGAUUGAUGUACACAGCGGAGCCAGAGCGCAUGGAUGAAGAAGACGAGCGACGUCUCAUGCCUAGCAUUCGCAAGCAUGAUUCUGAUACAGUCGCUCGGUCUGAUUCGCUCAAUUCGCGCCAGUCCAGCACUUACCCACCUAUCGCAACUAGUCGUCCUAGUCAUCUCUACCCGCCUCCGGCUAAUCAUGGAGGAAACCAAUCAUCAGUUUCGCAGCCUGGAAAUAUGACUUUCCCACCCGCAGGACUCACCUCCGGAUCAUCCAUCUUCCCACCCAACAAUCUCAGCGAUAGUCCCAAACCACUAUCUCCGAGUGCCCUUUCAUCGCAACAUGACAGUGCACCGCCACAUCGCGCCCAUUCUCCCGGUAUGGGACAAUCCCUGCCACACCCGCAGUCCUCAUUCGGGCGAGCAAAUCCAUCCUCGAAUCACGCGCCGCCCACCCUCGGCUUACCCCUUCCUCAACCAGGCGUACCUCAACUGCCCCUGCCCCCGGGUAUGACCUCACCCGAUGCUCGAUUCGGCAUGCAGGCUGCAACCAAGCACACUCCUUCGCACAGCCACUCUAGCACCCACAGUUUAUCUACCUACAAGGGACCCGAUGGGCCAGACCCAAACUCGAGUGACGCCAGUCAAAUUGAUAAGCUAUGGGCACACGUACGAACCAUGCACGAAGAAAUGAAUGGCCUGCGCACUGAAGUCGCCGCUUUACGCGCGCACAUCGCAUCAACUAAUUCAUCCGUGCCCCCGGCCCCAGUGGAAGUAAACCUGAACAACGCUGGACGGUAG